GUCAUAUUAAAACGUUUCAAAUGAAGUGCUCAUGCUCAACAUCAAAACAAUUCUUGUAUCAUCUGUCCCCACAUUUUGCUUCAUUUUCACUCUUCGUCUUCUUCCCCCUUUUGGGUGCCUUCACUUUAAUCUAAUAAAGCCAUGGAUUACAAUUCCAAAUCCAACAAUCAACUUUACUGAAGUCUUUCUUUGACUUGGUUUUGUAUCUCCAAUCUGCCUCUAUUUCCUGCAAAUUUCAUCAGUCAAAAUCAGAUCACAAACUUCAUGUUAACUUUGGCUGCCUGAUCUGGAAGAGGAAUAAUUCAAUUAUUUUGAUUCUAACUUCAUCCUUGAACUCAAUCACAUCAGGAUUUUGUUCGCUACUCCUACGAUCUAUCCUACUAAAGGAUUUCUUUUCUAGCUUUUGCUUUCCCUGUGUGAAACCCCACAUAUCGUGAAAGGUAGCCAUUAAAGUAAGCUACAACUUGCCUACAUGGCUACGUUGUUGUUUAAUCGGGCCGCCAGGGAACCCGAAGAAUUUUGAAUAUUUUUGCAGUAUUUAUUCUCCGUAUGACCGUAACUUUUCAACAAUCUUAAAUAUGCAUUCACAUUGAGAUCCCUCUCUGCUUUCUCUCUGUGUUUUUGUCAAUCUCCCCCGCCCCGUAAUUUGGAAUCAUUUGCGCAGUUAGACUUAGUUCUCUGUUCAUGAUUCGGGCUCUGUUGAUCGAGUAUAGAGUUCAAUUCUAAACAAAUCUUAUUUGGCGAUUUACACCGGCAGUAGUAGGAACUGUAGAAGAGUAGAAGCAAUUGAUAGAGCUGUGGAUUGGGGAUAAUAUUCCAGUCUAAAACCUUUCCGCUUAGUUUGAAGAUUUACUGAGAUAAUCGGUAUAGGGAGAUAGAAAGAGGAUGUGGUGCACAACGAUUGUACUCCGGCGGAAGAAGAAGACGGGGGUUGUGCCGGUGUACCUCAAUGUAUAUGAUCUCACUCCGAUCAAUGGUUACGCUUACUGGUUUGGUCUCGGCGUCUAUCACUCCGGCGUCCAAGUUCAUGGGAUUGAAUAUGGAUUUGGUGCACAUGAGCAUUCUACCAGUGGUAUAUUUGAAGUAGAACCAAAGAAGUGCCCAGGAUUCACAUUCAGAAAAUCAAUACUUAUUGGGAGAACUGACUUGGGACCGAAAGAAGUCCGGACAUUCAUGGAGAAACUUUCCCAGGAGUAUGGUGGUAGCUCGUACAAUCUGAUCACUAAGAACUGCAACCAUUUCUGCAAUGAUGUGUGUACCAAAUUGACCGAUAAAUCGAUACCUAGAUGGGUUAAUCGACUUGCUCGUCUUGGUUUUCUUUGCAAUUGCGUCCUCCCGGCUGGUUUUAAUGAGACUAAAGUUCGACAUAUUAAGGCUGAAGGCAAAGUUAGUGACAAGACAAAGUUAAGAACUAAUUCAACUAGAUUUUUAAGUACUUCUCCUGCCAAUACAAGCACCAUUGCACCUCGUCCUACAACAUCAAGUACAAGUAGUGAAAGAAAGGGAACCCGUAAGUCUCCGUCCAUCUCGGUGACUCGCUCUGCUUCUACUUCUACUUCUCCUUCUGUACAAUGAGGCUUUAGUGACACUUUAGCUCUUCAUACUUAAUGGGGUUGUACACUGGACAUAUCACAUAUGUAGUAGUAAAAGAAAAGAUUGGGAUGUUCGUAUAUCUUUAAGGUCUUCCCGCUUCCUUGUUAGCUUGAGUUAUUUUUUUCUCUUCUCAAAUUGAAACAGAAAAGGCUGCUUGAAAAACAUUGCAGCAAUUCUCUUUCUGUAAAUUAGGUUGCUAUUUUUUAAUUAUUAUUUUUAUCUUUCUAUUGUGAGAAGUUCUAAGUUACUGAACUAUUGUGGAUUGCCUUGAAUUGGCUACUAAAACCUCAAGGAGUGUGACAGGAAUG